ACAUUUGACAGCAUGCAACAUUGUAAUAGUAGUAGUAGUACUUCAUUUGUAAAUAUUAAAAAAAUCGCGAAAAUGUCAGCUGGACGCCGACGACGUGUUUCCAACAGUGGUGGGAGAACCCAGAAAUGUUUCCACACGCUUUGCGGACUGCUAGUCAGUAUUCACUUUCUAAUCGCGCCGAUCGCACUCGAUAAGAUACAAUAAAUCUAUUCGGUUCACUAUAGUCCCAAACUCCGUAUCACGAUGUCUUACGAAGACUUGUUUUCCCAACUUAAGUGUCAUGGUCAAGAACACCUGAUUAAAUACUGGCCGGAAAUAGGUGAAAAUGAGCGCGAACAAUUGGCGGGAGAGCUCAGAAAAAUCGACUUUGUGGAAAUGAAUGAGAUUUUCCACAGAGCCAUGGAUUCGUCGAAAGUUAUCGCCGAGAAACUGGAUGACGAUUUGAAGCCGAUUCCUCAGUCCCAUUACGAAGCCGUGCCGAGUUUGAGCAGGGAAAAAAUAGAGGAGUAUGAGAACAUAGGCUUUAGAGAGAUUUCCGAGGGAAAAGUUGGUGUUCUGCUGCUGGCUGGCGGGCAGGCUACGCGACUUGGUUUUGGACACCCCAAAGGAAUGUACAACGUCGGGUUACCGUCACAAAAAACCCUGUUCCAAAUUCAAGCUGAACGGAUAGUACGGUUGCAGAAAAUGGCCGAGGAAAAGACUGGAAAAGAAGGUAAAAUCACUUGGUAUAUCAUGACUUCGGAACAUACUAUGGCUCCCACAGCGGAGUUCUUUAAGGAUCACUCAUUCUUUGGCUUAGAGGAGGAAAACAUUGUGUUUUUUGAACAGGGAAGACUACCGUGCUUUGAUUUCAACGGUAAAAUACUCUUGGAUGAGAAAUACCAAUUAGCCUCAGCCCCUGAUGGAAACGGGGGUCUGUACCGUGCCUUAAAAACCCAAGGAAUGCUAGAUGACAUUUCACGACGAGGUGUCGAACAUUUACACGCACAUUCAGUCGAUAACAUCCUCAUUAAAGUUGCCGAUCCAGUGUUUAUUGGAUACUGCUUGAGCAGAAAUGCGGACUGUGCUGCUAAAGUUGUCCAGAAGUCUUCACCGAGUGAGGCUGUUGGAGUUGUGUGCAGAGUCAACGGACAUUACAAAGUGGUUGAAUAUUCGGAGCUCAGCGACGAAGCUGCUGAAAGGAGAAAUCCUGAUGGAAGACUCACAUUCUCUGCCGGUAACAUCUGUAACCACUACUUCUCGUCUGAAUUCUUAAAGAAAAUAUCGAACUUUGAAAGCAAGCUAAAGCUCCACGUUGCCAAAAAGAAGAUCCCGUACGUAGAUGAGAAUGGUGUCCGUCAGAAGCCGACAGAACCUAACGGUAUUAAAAUGGAGAAGUUCAUCUUUGAUGUGUUUGAAUUUGCUGAGAAAUUCAUUUGCUUAGAAGUAGCAAGAGACGUUGAGUUCUCCGCUCUGAAGAAUGCCGAUUCAGCUGGUAAGGAUUGCCCGUCGACGGCUAGGCAGGAUCUUUUAAGGUUACAUAGAAAGUACAUCAGGGAGGCUGGGGGCAUUAUCAAAGAUGAUGUCGAUGUGGAGAUAUCACCGCUGCUUUCUUACGGAGGUGAGAAUAUUGAGGACCUGGUGAAGAAUGAGGUGUUCACCAUCAGCCCGUUCCAUUUGAAGAGCAUGGUAGAGUCAGCUACCAACGGAGUCAACGGAGCCAAUGGUAAACAUUAAUUUUCUGUUCAAGCUCAAAG